AUGCCGUCUGAUAUCGUCCAAACUCUCAAGGACUUCCUUAACAACCCUGUCAAUGAUCAGUUCAAGAAGGACUUCAAGCAGGCUUUCAAGCUCGCCUUGACCUACGAUGUUCCCCAGUUCAAGGAGUACGGUAUCAAUACCUUUGACGAUUACCUCAACUAUAUGGAGGACUUCUUGAAGUGGGUACCGACCGAGAACAAGGACGGUAAAAGCGUGUACUAUCACAUUUGCAUGUUCUACUUCGUCCUCGACUUGUCUCCCAUCAAGGAGUACCAGACUCCGAUCGUUCCGUCUGCACCUUGGACGUGGCUCUCGCAGUGGAUUAUCGACUACGCUCAGGAAGUCGGAAAGUUCCUCGACACGCCCGAGUCGUUUACUCCCGCCUCCCUCAAAACCUUCCAGGAGGCUAAGAGCUAUCGCAUGCAGGACUAUAUCGAGCCGGUCGGCGGAUGGAAAUCAUUCAACGAGUUCUUUGCUCGUCAUAUCAAACCCGAGUUGCGACCUAUUGAUUCGCCCGAUGAUCCUACCGUCAUCGUCAGCCCUGCCGAUUCCGUCUUCGACGGUGAUUGGGAAGUUAACGACUCCUCUUUCACUAGCUUCAAGGGUGUUCCUUGGAGCAUUUCCCAGUUGCUCGCGGACACCAAGUUUGGUGAGCGUUUCAAGGGCGGCAAGUUCUGUCAUGCGUUCCUCGCCCCGAAUGACUAUCAUCGCCAGCACGCACCGGUUGCUGGCAAAGUGGUGGAGGCGAAGGUCAUCCAGGGGCUGUGCUAUCUGGAGGUUUUGGUGAAGGAAGACCAGAAUGGUAAACCGGUCUUGGGUAUGAAGCGCAAGUUAGCCCAUCAUCCUCAUCAUGCCGCGCCUCCGAGGAACGCUGCGGGAAGCACUCGGGGCGACCUGGAUGCUCCAGAUUCCCCGGGUUACCAGUUCCUACAGGCUCGUGGUCUCAUAACCAUCGACAACCCCACUCUCGGCCUCGUAGCAGUCCUACCUAUUGGUAUGGCUCAAGUUUCGUCAGUCGUGCUCAGCGUGAAAGACGGCGACACAGUAAAGAAGGGACAGGAGAUUUCGUACUUCCAGUUGGGAGGCUCGGAUUGUGUCAUGGUCUUUGAGAAGAAAGCGAACGUGGAGUUUACUGCUGAGCUUCAUGAGCACUACAACUUUGGGAAUCAAGUUGCAAAAGCGAACGUGGUCAACUGA